CUAUGACACUCAGUGUGUGUCAGAUGGGAGCUGUAGAUGGUUGACAACACAUACAUUUAAUGAAUAGAAAGUUUCGUUAUGAAAUUCUUUAAAUUAUUAUCAUUCAUAGCCAUCGUAUUGCUUGAGUACGCAAGAUCGCAGACAACUCAAAAUAUUAACGUGUUACUAAUUAAUGAGGAGAAUAAUGCGUUGGCUGAGAAAUCUUUCGAAAUAGCAAAAGAGUAUGUACGUAGAAAUCCCAGUUUGGGACUGGCUGUUGACCCGGUCAUCGUGGUCGGUAAUCGGACUGAUGCCAAGGCAUUUUUAGAGAAUGUUUGCAGGAAGUAUAACGAUAUGGUGUCUGCAAAAAAACCGCCACAUAUAAUUUUAGACUUCACUGUUACGGGAGUAGGAUCAGAGACGAUAAAGUCGUUCACAGCGGCGCUAGCAUUGCCGACUGUUUCUGGGUCUUUCGGUCAAGACGGUGACCUACGACAGUGGCGAGGUCUGAAUGCAAACCAGACACAAUACCUCCUACAAGUUAUGCCACCGGCAGACAUUCUUCCAGAGUCGAUACGUGCUAUUGUUACCAAGCAAGACAUUACAAAUGCCGCUAUUAUAUUCGACGAAUUCUUUGUGAUGGAUCACAAAUACAAAUCUCUUUUGCAAAAUAUUCCAACACGGCAUGUGAUAACCCCUGUAAAGAGUUUUAGUAAAGACGAGAUAAAAUCGCAAUUGCGGAGUCUCAGAGAACUCGACAUUGUGAACUUUUUUGUCAUCGGGAGCUUAAGGACGAUUAAAAAUGUGCUCGAUGCAGCAAAUGAAAAUCAAUAUUUCGGAAGAAAAACAGCAUGGUUUGCUUUGACGUUGGAUAAGGGGGAUAUUAGUUGCGGAUGCAAAGAUGCGACUAUAGUUUACAUGAAACCCACGCCAGACGCUAAAAGUAGAGAUCGAUUGGGAAAGAUUAAAACUACAUACAGCAUGAAUGGGGAACCAGAAAUUAUGGCUGCUUUCUAUUUCGAUUUAUCCCUCCGAACAUUUUUAGCGAUCAAAUCAUUGCUGGACUCUGGCAAGUGGCCAAAUGACAUGAAAUACAUUAGUUGUGACGAUUAUGAUGGUAAGAAUACUCCAACGAGAACCUUGGACCUAAAAACUGCGUUUGAAGAUAUUAAAGAAACACCCACAUAUGCGCCAUUCUAUAUUCCUGAAGAUGGCCCGAUGAAUGGCAGAAGUUAUAUGGAGUUCACUACCGAUAUAACUGCCGUGACAAUCAAAGAUGGAGCUUCUAUAGGAAGCCGCUCACUAGGCUCAUGGAAAGCUGGGCUCUCUAAUCCUUUAGCAUUAAUAGAUCCAGAGAAUAUGACCGAUUAUUCAGCUCAGUUAGUGUAUCGCAUUGUAACAGUCGAGCAACAACCGUUCAUGAUUGUGGAUGACCAAGCGCCAAAGGGCUUUAAGGGUUAUUGUAUAGAUCUUAUCGAAGAAAUAAGACAAAUAGUGAAGUUCGAUUAUGAGAUAUCACUAGUCCCGGACGGCAAUUACGGGACUAUGGACGAAAAUGGCAACUGGAAUGGAGUUAUUAAAGAGUUGAUGGAGAAGCGAGCGGAUAUAGGACUAACAUCCUUAUCAGUAAUGGCAGAAAGGGAAAACGUGGUUGAUUUCACGGUUCCCUAUUACGACUUAGUGGGCAUUACAAUUCUAAUGAAACUGCCGAGAACGCCGACAUCUCUAUUUAAAUUCCUAACGGUUUUAGAAAAUGACGUUUGGUUUUCCAUUCUUGCUGCUUAUUUCUUUACAAGCUUCCUCAUGUGGAUAUUCGACCGAUGGAGUCCAUACAGCUACCAGAACAAUCGAGAAAAGUACAAAGAUGACGCAGAAAAGCGCGAAUUCACGUUGAAGGAGUGUCUAUGGUUCUGUAUGACGUCACUGACCCCGCAGGGCGGGGGGGAGGCGCCCAAGAACCUGUCGGGGAGGCUUCUCGCUGCAACAUGGUGGCUUUUUGGUUUCAUCAUCAUAGCGUCAUACACAGCGAAUCUCGCGGCUUUCCUCACAGUAUCCCGCCUGGAUACACCCAUCGAGUCUCUGGACGACUUGUCCAAACAGUACAAGAUUCAGUACGCACCGUUAAAUGGUUCCGGAUCUAUGACGUACUUCGAACGAAUGGCUAAUAUUGAAGUGAAGUUUUAUGAAAUCUGGAAGGAAAUGAGUUUGAACGACAGUCUAAGCGAUGUGGAGCGAGCCAAGCUUGCUGUAUGGGAUUACCCUGUUAGUGACAAGUACACGAAAAUGUGGCAAGCCAUGAAGGAAGCUGGGAUGCCGCAUACUGUGGAGGAAGCGGUCGAGAGGGUCCGAGCCUCUAAGAGCUCUAGCGAGGGAUUCGCUUGGCUUGGCGAUGCGACUGAUGUAAGGUACCACGUAUUAACGAGUUGUGAUUUGCAAAUGGUUGGGGAUGAGUUCUCUCGCAAGCCGUAUGCGAUUGCAGUACAACAGGGAUCACCGUUGAAAGAUCAAUUCAAUAAUGCAAUACUUCAACUAUUAAACAAGCGGAAGCUAGAAAAACUCAAAGAAACGUGGUGGAACAACAACCCGAAUGCGGUCAAGUGUGAGAAACAGGACGAUCAGUCUGACGGGAUCUCCAUACAAAAUAUAGGAGGAGUGUUUAUCGUUAUAUUCAUGGGAAUAGGACUGGCUUGUAUUACUCUAGGCGUUGAAUACUGGUGGUACAAGUGGAGAAGACGACCUACUAUUGGUGAUGUCACACAGGUGCAGCCAGCAAAACCUAUAAGAAGCAAUUUGGAAAAUCCGAGUGAACCACAGCGAAAACAGCCUUUAAACUUUAGAUCUAGAACCAUUUCUGAUAUAAAAAGUAAAUUUUAAUAAAAAGUUCCUAUAUUUAAUUUAAAUUGUAUUCGUAGUGUUCUUAGUUUGCUUUAUUGUGGUUUUCAUCAAUGAGUGAAGAUUUAUAAAAACAUUGUGAAGUUUGUAUAAAUUAUUUAGUUGCUUUAUAUUGAUCUCAUUUUGAUCUCACGUUCUUUGAAUUAAUGUAAUAAGCUAGAAAAAUCUUAAUGGGUAACAAGCAUCUUUAUUUUUAUAUAGUUUAUAUAAUUGUCGUGUUUUAAAGAAUAUGUUUGUAUGUUUCUUUUAAAUUAACAUUACUAUAGUGAAUAUUCUAUAAGGUUUGAAGUAUUUGUUAUGUGGUGUCAUUGUGUAUUGAUACAGCAGGUUUGCUAAUAAACGUUUUGCACCAUU